CUUCAACUGGGAUCUCGAGUGCUUAUUGCUCACGACACACCAGAAACGGUGCCAGGCUUUCCUUUCAGCAGGUAAGCCUGAUGAAGCCCUCGAAGCCCACCGAUGCAUGAUGGACGCCAUUGACGAAAAUGGGAAGGCCAGCUGCCUCGAUUGGUCUAACGGCAUGUUCUCAGUGACGUCGUCACCCGAGACUAUCAUACUCACCUUCAUUUCACUCAGAAUUCAAGGAGCAAUGUAGUGCGCUCGCCGCGCACGAUGACCGUAUUCUUGGCGUAUGCACUCUCUUCCUCAUCCCUUUCUCUACUGACCUGUAUACAGGCGGAGGUCCACGGGCAAGAUCAGGAUGGCUAUGAUACAGAACCCAAUUUUUUCCAGGGAAUGCAAGAAAAUUCUCACACCUCUCGACUACGACCUCAGCAGCGCCCGGGGCGCUUCAAGAGAGUCAGGCUCCUUUUGACGAGGAACCCACAUCGUGCACCCGCACCCCCCAUCACCACACCACCAGUCGCCGUCACUACUACCUUAAGAACCCACCUACGACACUUAUUCACCCGGCCACUUCAUCAUGGAACGCUGCCUGUCGUCGAAGUUCCUUUCGCAAAGGGUAAAGAGCGUAAUGCUGCAGCGGGUGCUCCUGGCAAGGACCCGGACAUCGUACCUUAUGAGGAUCAGGAUCUUGAUACUACUCAACCGGACUCUAAUACACAGCAGCAACAGCACCAGCAACAACCAGUAGUAGUGCAGGUAAACCCUGGCGAACAUGGGGGCGGGAAGUCGUGUGUCUGCUGCUAGCAGGUCUUGUCAUGACUGCAUCCUUAUCAUUAUUUCGCGUCAUUGUCCAUAGCUAAUUAUAAUUAUCAAACUCGUGUCCUCCAUAUGUACAGCUCGGCUUGCGCAUAGCAAAUGA